CAGCCGCGCGGCCGCCCUGCCGAACCACCCCCCAACCCCGCGCCGCGGUGGCCGCGGCGGCGGCGGCGGCGCAUCCCGCACAUCGCGUAGCGCGCACCGCGCGCACCCAGCCCGCCCCGCCGCUCCCGCCGCCCUCGCCGCCGUCUCCUCCUCAGGCGCCUGUCGCGGCCGGUUCUGCCUAGACCAGCUUCUCGUGGACCAGCAUUGCCAGCUAACAGAAGGCUGUGAGUCUGCAUCUCGGCCCAUCCAUCCUUCUCCUUAUUCCCAUGAUGAGUUCACCAGUGCGGUCCGAUGGGGUGGCUGGACGAGAGCAGCUCUUGGCUCAGCAGAGAAUGCACAGUAUGAUCAGCUCAGUCGAUGUGAAGUCAGAGGUUCCUGUGGGCCUGGAGCCCAUCUCGCCUUUAGACCUAAGAACAGACCUCAGGAUGAUGAUGCCCGUGGUGGACCCUGUUGUCCGUGAGAAGCAACUGCAGCAGGAGUUACUCCUGAUCCAGCAACAGCAGCAGAUCCAGAAGCAGCUUUUGAUCGCGGAGUUUCAGAAGCAGCAUGAGAACUUGACACGGCAGCACCAGGCUCAGCUUCAGGAGCACAUCAAGUUGCAACAGGAACUUCUAGCCAUAAAACAGCAGCAAGAACUGCUAGAAAAGGAGCAGAAACUGGAGCAGCAGAGGCAAGAACAGGAAGUAGAGAGGCAUCGCAGAGAACAGCAGCUUCCUCCUCUCAGAGGCAAAGAUAGAGGACGAGAAAGGGCAGUGGCAAGUACAGAAGUAAAGCAGAAGCUUCAAGAAUUCCUGUUGAGUAAAUCAGCAACAAAAGACACUCCAACUAAUGGAAAAAAUCAUUCCGUGAGCCGCCAUCCCAAGCUCUGGUACACGGCUGCCCACCACACGUCACUGGAUCAAAGCUCUCCACCCCUGAGUGGAACGCCUCCAUCCUACAAAUACACAUUACCUGGAGCACAAGAUGCAAAGGAUGAUUUCCCCCUUCGAAAAACUGCCUCUGAGCCCAACUUGAAGGUGCGGUCCAGGUUAAAACAGAAAGUGGCAGAGAGGAGAAGCAGCCCCUUACUCAGGCGGAAGGAUGGAAAUGUUGUCACUUCAUUCAAGAAGCGAAUGUUUGAGGUGACAGAAUCUUCAGUCAGUAGCAGUUCCCCAGGAUCUGGUCCCAGUUCACCAAACAAUGGUCCAACUGGAAAUAUUACUGAAAAUGAGACUUCAGUUUUGCCACCUACUCCUCAUGCUGAAAAAAUGGUUUCACAGCAACGCAUUCUAAUUCACGAAGAUUCCAUGAACCUGCUCAGUCUUUAUACCUCUCCCUCUUUGCCCAACAUCACCCUGGGUCUUCCAGCAGUGUCAACCCAGCUCAAUGCUUCAAAUUCACUCAAGGAAAAACAGAAGUGUGAGACCCAGACUCUCAGGCAAGGUGUUCCUCUGCCUGGGCAGUACGGGGGCAGCAUCCCGGCGUCUUCAAGCCAUCCCCAUGUUACUUUGGAGGGAAAGCCCAACAGCAGCCACCAAGCUCUCCUGCAGCAUCUGUUAUUGAAAGAACAAAUGCGACAGCAAAAACUUCUUGUGGCUGGUGGAGUUCCCUUACAUCCUCAGUCUCCCUUGGCAACAAAAGAGAGAAUUUCACCCGGCAUUAGAGGUACCCACAAAUUACCCCGACACAGACCCCUGAAUCGAACCCAGUCUGCACCUUUGCCUCAGAGCACCUUGGCUCAGCUGGUCAUUCAGCAGCAGCACCAGCAGUUCUUGGAGAAGCAGAAGCAAUACCAGCAGCAGAUCCACAUGAACAAGCUGCUUUCGAAAUCUAUUGAACAACUGAAGCAACCAGGCAGUCACCUCGAGGAAGCGGAGGAAGAGCUCCAGGGGGACCAAGCGAUGCAGGAAGACAGAGCGCCCUCUAGUGGCAGCAGCGCUAGGCGCGACAGCAGCGCUUGUGUGGACGACACAGUGGGACAAGCUGGUGCUGUGAAGGUGAAGGAGGAGCCCGUGGACAGUGAUGAAGAUGCUCAGAUCCAGGAAAUGGAAUCUGGGGAGCAGGCUGCUUUUAUGCAACAGCAGUCCUUCUUGGAGCCCCAGCACACACGUGCAGUCUCGGUGCGCCAGGCUCGGCUGGCUGCUGUGGGCAUGGAUGGAUUAGAGAAAGAGCGUCUGGUCUCCAAGACCCACUCCUCCCCCACAGCCUCCGCCUUACCUCACCCAGCAAUGGACCGCCCCCUCCGGCCCGGCUCUGCAACUGGAAUCGCCUAUGACCCUUUGAUGCUGAGACACCAGUGCGUUUGUGGCAAUUCCACCACCCACCCUGAGCAUGCUGGAAGAAUACAGAGCAUCUGGUCACGGCUGCAAGAAACUGGGCUGCUAAAUAAAUGUGAGCGAAUUCAAGGUCGAAAAGCCAGCCUGGAGGAAAUACAGCUUGUUCAUUCUGAACAUCACUCACUGUUGUAUGGCACCAACCCCCUGGACGGACAGAAGCCGGACCCCAGAACACUCCUAGGUGACUCCUCUCAAAAGUUUUUUUCUUCAUUACCAUGUGGUGGACUUGGGGUGGACAGUGACACCAUUUGGAAUGAGCUGCACUCGUCCGGCGCCGCACGCAUGGCUGUUGGCUGUGUCAUCGAGCUGGCUUCCAGAGUGGCCUCCGGAGAGCUGAAGAAUGGAUUUGCUGUGGUGAGGCCCCCAGGCCAUCAUGCUGAGGAAUCCACAGCCAUGGGGUUCUGCUUUUUUAAUUCAGUUGCAAUUACCGCCAAAUACUUGAGAGACCAACUAAAUAUAAGCAAGAUAUUGAUUGUAGAUCUGGAUGUUCACCAUGGAAAUGGUACACAGCAAGCCUUUUAUGCUGACCCCAACAUCCUGUAUGUUUCACUCCAUCGCUAUGAUGAAGGGAACUUUUUCCCUGGCAGUGGAGCCCCAAAUGAGGUUGGAACAGGCCUUGGAGAAGGAUACAAUAUAAAUAUUGCCUGGACAGGUGGCCUUGAUCCCCCCAUGGGAGAUAUUGAGUACCUUGAAGCAUUCAGAACUGUAGUGAAGCCUGUGGCCACAGAGUUUGAUCCAGACAUGGUCCUGGUUUCUGCUGGAUUUGAUGCAUUAGAAGGCCAUGCUCCUCCUCUGGGAGGGUACAAAGUGACAGCAAAAUGCUUUGGUCAUUUGACGAAGCAGUUGAUGACACUGGCUGAUGGACAUGUGGUGUUGGCUCUAGAAGGAGGACAUGAUCUCACAGCCAUCUGCGAUGCAUCAGAAGCCUGUGUAAAUGCCCUUCUAGGAAAUGAGCUGGAGCCACUUGCAGAAGAUGUCCUCCACCAAACUCCAAAUAUGAAUGCCGUCAUUUCUCUACAGAAGAUCAUUGAAAUUCAAAGCAAAUACUGGAAGUCGCUAAGGAUGGCGGCGAUGCCAAGGGGCUGUGCCCUGGCUGGGGCUCAGCUGCAAGAGGAGACAGAGACUGUUUCUGCCCUGGCCUCCCUGACGGUGGAUGUCGAACAGCCGUUUGCUGAAGAAGACAACAGAACUGCUGGUGAGCCUAUGGAAGAGGAGCCAGCCUUGUGAAGGGCCAAGUCCUCCCCACCCCCACCCCGAUAUUUCCUGUGUGUGACAUCAUUGUGUAUCCCCCCACCACCCCAGCACCUUCAGACAUGUCUUGUCUGCUGCCUGGGUGGCACAGAUUCGAUGGAACAUAAACACUGGGCACAGAAUUCUGAACAGCAGCUUCACUUGUUCUUUGGAUGGACUUGAAAGGGCAUUAAGGAUUCCUUAAAAGUAACCGCUGUGAUUCUAAAGUUACAGUAAACCACGGCUGGAAGAAACUGCUUCCAGCAUGCUUUUAAUAUGCUGGGCAACCCACUCCCAGGCCCAGAGUAUGAACCAGAAACAUGCAACACAGCACUAGAUACUGUUAAUUACAGAUGCUAUGACAGCCAGUGAAAUUUUGGGCAAAACCUGAGAAAUACUCAUUCCUGACAUUCUGAUCAGUUUUCUAUUGGGUAAUUUUUUGUCAGACAGUCUUAAAUUGUUUACAGGAUUUGCUUUCAGCUAUGAACGGAUAGCAAUUCCCGACAGAUCACGCGGCUUGUUUUGUUUUGUUCUGUUUGUUUUUGGCCUUUGUUUUAACACAUGAUUCAACUCUUGCUAGUAGGAGUCCAACAUGGAGGAACUGAGAUGAGGCUUUUUUCAGGGGAAUAAAACACGCAGUAUCUCAAAGUCCAGUGGUAAAAGAACGUCACACACUAUAUGUACUUUUUUGAGAAGUCAUGCCGCUUCCCUAACAUCCCUCUCUGAGUUCCAGCACAGGAACUCUGCAGUUCGUUUGGAACGGUGGCUCCGUCCCGCCCACCCCUUCCCCACCCCACUCUACGUCCCGGGCUCUGAGGACAGUAGCUUUGAGCUUAUGUUCCACGGAGAAUUUUCACUAUCUGAAAAAGUGUGUGUCUUUUCAGAGGCCAUCUUAAUUUGUUCCAAAUCUAUCAAGAACUUCUCUUACUUUUAUUUUAGUCUUCCAUCACUUCCUUUCUUCUUGCCUUUCAUCCUUCCUUCCUAUUAAAAAAAAAAAAAAAAAAGGUGAGGAUUACCCACAAUCUCCCCAAUUACUCAGGAGCUUUGUGAACUUAGUUUAUUUUUUUUUUACUUCCCAGGUUAACACAGUUGCUUAGUCUGAUGUAUUCUUUUAGCUGUAAAAUGACUGAGGGUAAAUAUUGUUUAAGCAAUGUUACUGUUUUCCAGACCUUUGAAACGUGUUAAUGAAGGCAUUGCCUAUCUGAAGUCACCUAGAAUUGAGUUAGCCUUGAAGUUGUGCCUUCAUGUGAAAAACACACAACAUAAACUGAACCUUUACACAUGCUGCCUUAGUGUCAGAGGCGAAGAAUAAAGGACAUUUAUUUCUGAGAUUAAAAGCGACUUGUUAAAUCUAAGUAGGUUAUCCCCCUACCUGCCCUUAUUCUAUUUCAAUGUAUAACUCAAACACCUAAAGACAUUGAUGUAGAAUACCUCACAGUAUUUAAUAUCUGAUGAUGCUUUCAAAAGAGUUAUGUUUCUUUUUAUAUAUUUUCCUAACUCAAAGGAUAUAUUAAAGCCAUAAGUGAAGAUUGUCAUGCUUUUAUUCAAAAAUCUGAAAGAAACCUUAAUUAAAACAAGGUUUUAGGGAAGGCCAUGAUAUGAAAGAUAUGGAACAAUAUGGUUUUAGUUAAAGAGGACUCCAACCUGUAAAUCAAAGAUGAAAGAUUUCACUCAAGUAGAAUUAUAUAACUCCCUUUUGUUAUACAGUCAGACCAUAUUUUUCAUGCAUUUGGUUUUCUUAGGAUUACCAUUUUAAUUUUAAAGACUUUUAUUACAUAUACAAAAAUGGCUCGAUACUUGGUUUAACAUCUUAGAAAUUUGAGACACUCUUUGAAAUAGGAAAUCUGAAAUGGAAUGCAACUCAGUAUUAGUUAAAAAUUACUUUCAUUGCAUAAGGGUAAGGUCAAUCUAGAUUCACAAUAGUAAUGAAUUUUUUUUCAUGAUAUUUUUAGAGAAAUUCAUGCCAACCAUAUUUGCUAGCUCUUGCUAUUUUUGCUGUAAUUGCUUGAGGAGAUUUACUUAAAGAAACCAAAGGUUUAAAAAAAAAAAACACAUUCCUCCUCCCUUUAAAAAGGAAAGCUAUAUCAUAUUGUAAUUGGAAACAUAAUUGUGACUUUUUAAAAUCAACUUUGUAAUUACAAAUCUCUAUUAUUCCUCUCAGUCCUGCCAGAUAUUUUUUUUAGACUCUGAAUAAGAAAAUGAAAUGCUAUAAUGCAAACAUACAAAUUUACUGAAGUUUCCUACAAUAAUUUUACCUUAAACAUUCUGCACAGCCAUCAGUCUGAUAAAGCCAAAUCACUAGCACAUCACCAUGGUUUUUAAGAUUUAAAACCUUAAACAUUAAUGAGUUAAUCAUACAUCCUUCCAUGUGAUAUAGUACCCAGUUGGUUGCAGUUAGAGUCUUUAGGAUACACAGAGAGGCAGAUAAACUAUGGAGAGGAUUCAUCACAGCUGAAUGUAGUUGAAAGAACCAAAUGCCAGUGCUUUUUGAUUGUACCAUUCCAAGACGGUGUGUAGCCCUCAGGAACAGAAUGGAGGCUUUUGGAGAAUAUCAGUACUUCUUUUGAAACAGAACAGCAUUUUUUAAAACAGGUAAUUUCACUUGGUAUAGUUUUCUUCACUUAUACAUUUCAUUUUUAUUGCUCACAAGAAUUCCCAGUAAGAGGCUGUUAGAAAAACUCUUCUGUAAGCAUUAUCAAUAAUAUGUC